AUGGGUCGGGCUCAGACCCGGUCACGCCGAAGGAAUGCUGAUGCGAUGACAUGGAAGGAAAGGUGGACAGUUUUCAAACACAACCGGCGAAAACCAGGAUAUUUGGAGUUGAUAAUCUACGGAGUACUCCUCAACCUUUUGGGAAUAGGUCUUCUUUUCAUAAAAUCAAUGCUGGACAAGAACGUCAUCGAAGCCGCUAUUCAGAAGCGAUUUGAGGAAGUUGGCCUUGUAACGAACGACACGAAGGUGGACAACGAGCCACUUUUUGAGGCAAACUCACUCGUCACCGUUCUCAUCACUAUUAUGGGAAGAAUGGCGAAUGUCGUCGGAACUAUGAAAAUGUACAAGGGACUCGGAAAGUUUUUCUCGGACAGAAAACGAAAGAAAUUCAGAAAAGCAACGGAGCGUGUUCAGAAUGGAGAAACUGAAGUAGAGUUUACCGAGUUGUUUACAGAAUGUUGCAUGUUUUAG